AUGCGGUUUGUUAGCGAGUUUGCAUGCCAUUGCAAGCUGUGGGAUCGUUCGGUAUCUAUACUUAUAAUUCGAACGUUUGGAAGAUAUAACAGUCCUCGCCGCCCCGCUGUCGACUUUGACUGUCCGACGCGGCUAGUGCCAGGGUUGAUUUCUGACGCGCGCUUGCAGGUGGAGGUGGACUACGUGCCGGAGAAGGCCGACCUCGACGUCGACGACCCCCUCCUCGGCGUCUUCACGGCCAUCCUCGAGAAAUUCAGCUUCACGGCCGCCGCUGCCGCCAAGGGCGAGGGGAACGAGAAGGAAGCAUCUAAUAAUGCCGCAAAGAAGAAGGGGUCCGAUGUUGAUUAUGAUGAGCAGGAUGCCCAAAAGAAGCACCAGCUGCAGAGGAUGAAGAUUGCAGAGUUGAAGCAGAUAUGCGACAAGCCUGAUGUUGUUGAGGUCUGGGAUGCUACUGCCGUUGAUCCCAAGUUGCUCGUAUAUCUCAAGUCCUACAGGAAUACUGUGCCUGUUCCAAGACACUGGUCCCAGAAACGGAAGUUCUUGCAGGGGAAGCGAGGUAUUGCAAAACGACCUUUCCAGCUUCCUGACUUCAUUGCUGCAACUGGAAUUGAAAAAAUGAGACAGGCAUACAUUAAGAAGGAGAACAGCAAGAUGUUGAAACAGAAACAGCACGACCGUACUCAGCCCAAAAUGGGCAAGAUGGAUAUGGAUUAUCAGGUUUUGCAUGACGCAUUCUUCAAAUAUCAAACAAAACCCAAUUUGACUAGUCAUGGUGAUCUAUAUUAUGAAGGGAAAGAGUUUGAGGUGAAGCUUAGGGAAAUGAAACCAGGUAUGCUGUCCAGGAACCUUAAAGAAGCUCUUGGUAUGCCUGAUGGUGCCCCGCCCCCAUGGCUUAAAAGCAUGCAGCUGUAUGGUCUUCCACCCUCUUAUCCUUGUCUGAAGAUCCCAGGUUUAAAUGCCCCAGUAUCUCCUGGAGACAGUUUUGGUGAUGCACCAGGGGAGUGGGGAAAGCCUCCUGUUGACGAGCAUGGGUACCCACUAUAUGGAAAUGUUUCUGGGUUUCUGCAGAAGGACGAACCUAAUUACCAUGAAGAACCUCUCGAUCGCAGCAAGCACUGGGGAGAAUUGGAGGAAGAGGAAGAAGAAGAGGAGGUGGAGCAGGAACCAAUGGAGGACGAGGAAAUAGAAGAAGACAUUCGAUCUGUUGACACCAUCUCAAGUACUCCAGCUGGUGCCGAAACACCUGAUGUUAUUGACCUUCGGAGGUCGCAGCCUGAGAGGCAGGCAAAAAGGCUAUACAAGGUUCUUGAACCGAAAGAAGGACGGAUUGCCACUGGGAUGCUGUUUGGGUCGACGCACGCGUAUCGUUUCUAA